AUCUGCCAUUAGUUACCACAACUACAAAACAUUCGAAUACACAACACACAAAGCACACAACUUAGUUUUUCUCUUAAACCCCCAAAUUACAAGAGAAAAUGGCGAAAGAGUCCACCACCAUUGACGUAGGCGAGCCAAGCACCGUGACCAAAAGUUCAAGCCAUGUCGUAGGUGACGCGAAGAAGAAGGGCUUCGUGGCAGCCGCCGCAGGAGGUGGCGCCAAGAGAGGUUUGGCCAUAUUCGAUUUCCUCCUCCGUUUGGCGGCCAUAGCAGUCACCAUUGGGGCUGCCUCUGUCAUGUACACCGCUGAGGAGACUCUUCCCUUCUUUACUCAGUUCCUCCAGUUCCAAGCCGGUUACGAUGACCUUCCAGCGUUUCAGUACUUUGUGGUAGCCGUAGCCAUAGUGGCCAGCUAUCUAGUCCUUUCACUUCCCUUCUCCAUUGUAGCUAUCGUUCGUCCACUCGCUGUCGCGCCUCGGCUGAUCCUCCUCAUCUGCGAUACCCUGGUCUUGACGCUGAACACAUCAGCAGCAGGAGCCGCAGCAUCAAUAGACUACCUUGCACACAACGGCAACCAAAGCACCAACUGGCUCCCAAUCUGUCAGCAGUUUGGAGAUUUCUGCCAAAACGUCAGCACCGCGAUUGUCGCCGGUUCUAUCGCCAUUGUCUUCUUCAUCGUUCUCAUCAUCAUCUCUGCCGUUGCUCUCAAGAGGCACUGAUUUCCAUCUUUUUAAGUGUCAAGAUCGUAAUGUACGAGUUGUAUAUGUGUUGUGGCUUUGUGCUUUGUGUAACAAAUUGAUAUUAUUGUGUGUAAAAUGUAAUUGAAGUUUGUAAUAUGUUUUAAAGAAAUUUGUCUUUUGGUUAAAA